AUGGAUUUUAAAAAUAAAAUAAAUAAAAAAUAAUAAAUUGCACAAAAAUCUAGAACAGACACAAAUCCCGAGGAUUUUAUCCUUGUCGGAAAAGUACAAAUGCCAAGUCAUCAUAACUUGACUUAAAAUAUUAGUAUAAAUAAUCAAAUUUAUAUUAUUAUUAUUACAAAAAAAAAAAGAAGAGAAAAAGAUUCAGGCAAGUUAAAUUCCGGCGCCGAUCAUCUUCUCCGAUCUGCCGCCGAUUUUCUCCGAUCAGCUUCAUUUCUUCGCCGAUCCAACACCGAUCACCUCGGAUAACUUCCUUCACUUCUCCAAUCUUCUUCUCCGACCCGACGCCGAUCAUCUUUGACAAGUUCGAUUCUAUCUCCGAUCAUCAUCUCCGAGGCGGCGGCGGCGGUAAUCGCUUCCGUUCUCCUCUUCUUCACUUAGAUUUUUUUUUUUUGAUUUUUUUAGUGUUUUCAAUUUUGGGGUUUUUUGUUUUUUCAGGUUAUGGAUUCCGAUGAAAGACGAUUCUCCGGCAAAGUUUAUAGCCGGAGAAACCGUAUACCUUUGAAGAAAAAUGUUUCUCCGGCCACUUCUGCCGGUGUAACUGAACCAGAAACCAAGGUUACAUUUCCGGUUGAUUCAGAUGAAAGAAGAUUCUCCGGCAAAGUUUAUAGCCGGAGAAACCGUAAAUCCAGCUUGAAGGAAGGUGUUUCUCUAGCCACUGCCGCCGGUGAAACCACUCUAGAGACCAAGGUUUCAGAAACCCUAGAGGCGGAGCAACCGGCCAAGGUAAUACCUCAGGCAGAUCUUUUGAUUACUGAUUCCACCUCGGGAUUUGUGCCCGAAGGUGGUGUGGAGUUGGGGGAAGGUAGCCGGCCUGACCGGUCAUUGAUUUCUAGGGCUGAAGAUAGGGUUAGGGUUAGGUUAAAUAAGUCGAGGUCGCCUGUUGCCAUUGGAGAAGCUCGGAGGGUUUUUGAGGGCGAGCUUGACGAAGUUAGGGGAAUGGUGACGAGGGUUGAAGCCAAGGAGAAGCUUCAACACACUUCAGGCAAACAUCGCGGUUUAGUUUUAAAAACUACUCGUCCCAUUAGCUCCUAUAGAAUUCCAAGAUUCACGGCUGAUUUUGCGUUGAAAAAUCGUUGCCCUAAUUUAGCGGGACGUGUUGAUGUACCAAAACAUCCAUUUCGUCCACCUAGUCUUGCAUCUAUUGCUAAUAAUGGAAUCGUUGAGAGGGAAAAGAGGGACAGAAAGCCGAAUAGGUAUUACUAUAGCUCCGAGUACCUUCUUGAGAACGACAAACUUCCUUUUGAAAUCUACAAAAAGUCGAUGAAAAAAAACCAAAAGGAGGCGAAGAACAAAGGGUUUGCUGCUGGAUUGAAACAAGGUACAAGUGGUGGAACGCGUAGUAGUAGUAUUCAUGUUGAAGAUGUAAGAGUGGCGAAUAAUGGAAACAGUGAUUCAGGAUCAUCCUCGAGUGGAUGAGGAGCUAGGAUUUGAAGUAAGAAAUUUGUGUUACUGAUCAGAGGGGCAUUUUAAUUUAAACAGUCUUUUGUUUAUGGAAAUGAAUUUUAUGUAUCAUUAUAAUUUAAACAGCCUUUUGUUAAGUUGCUUGAUGAGACAUGUUAUCUAUUUUUAUUGAAUGAAAUGUUUGUAUGGAGUAUAUAUGGAGAUAAUAUGCCUG